AUGGAAAGUUUUAAUGUUCAAAAUCGUGUGAUCUCCUCUUUUGAUAGAGAACAUAUUACAAAACUUUCCUCCUCAAAAUUAGAGAAAGACACUUACCUUAGAUACCUUGCUUAUAACAAAUAUAACACUUUGUCACUUGAAAAAAUAGUGGCAACGAUUCAAAUUAAUAGAAAGGAAGUUAAUGCUUGCACUCAGCCACAACAGAAAGUAGUAUUUCUGAAAGUUCACAAAGCUGGUAGUACAACAGUCCAAAAUAUAUUUCUGCGUUAUGGAGACACGAAUGGACUGAAUAUUGCCUUACCAAAAACAUAUGAUAUGGAGUGUUUUAAUUAUUUGGGUUUUGAAAGUAUAUUAAACAAAUCAAGAAUAAUGACACUUCCAAGAAAUGAAACUAUGCAUAUUUUUUGUAAUCACGCUAUUUACAACAAAGAAGUAUAUACAGAAUUCAUGGGACUGGAUACUCUUUACAUAGGAAUACUUCGAGAUCCAGUCACUCAGUGGACGUCUGCAACAUUCUUCUAUGGUUUUAUUGAAUACCUACGUGAUCUUCUUGGAGAACACCUUGAAGACAGACAACUUCUAUCUGCCUUUUUGGAAUACCCUAAUAUUUUCCAUAACUGUCCACAUACUCACAAUUCAAUGUUUGAAGAUUUAGGACUUUCACUUAAGGAUUCCAACAACCAAUCAGCAGCCGAAAAAUACCUAAGACUUCUUGACAACGACAUUGCGUUUGUUAUGUUUAUGGAACAUUUUGAUGAAUCUUUGAUUCUUUUGAAAAGACUUCUAUGUUGGGAUAUCAAAGACAUCAUGUACGUUCCGUUAAAUAUUAACAGUGAAAAAAGGAAAAGGAAAAUACAUUUGACAGAUAAAGAUCAGCAUAAUUUAUUCAAAUAUAAUUACGCAGAUUUUAGACUUUACGUGCAUUUUAAAGAGAAAUUUUACAACAGGAUAAAACAAUCUGGAAACAAUUUUUUUUCAGAAGUAAAAAAAUUUAAAAACGCAAGAAAAUCUGUCACAGAAUACUGCAAAAUAUGUUUAUCAGCAAAUUUCUCUAGUUGUACCGAGUUAACAAUAUUGCCAUCAGAAUGGAGUGAACAGUUUACUAUAACUGGAAAGGACUGUCGUUUCAUGAUGUCACAAGAGGAAUCUUUACUUUUGGAACUAAUGAAUAAAGCCAAACAAAGAUAUGGUAUUAAUCAUCAGAAAAAUUAA